AUGCAGGCUGUUUCUUGUCGGCAGUGCAAGGGUUGUAGCGGUCGAUUGUCCUCUUCAAUCUUGAUAAUCCACGUGAUUGCUCCAUAUGUGAUGCCACUUCUAGGGGUUUUGGAGGACCUCGAAGUCUUUUCUCAUCAGUCGCCUGGACUAGAAUACCGGUUCAUUUUGAGGAACAGAGCGUCUGGUAGUUUUCCUUCUCUUCUGUGCCUACCGCAUCCACAUUUACAUCCUACUUUGCUUCCUACCCUUCAUCCUCCACCUCCUCAUAGAGCUCAACCCCCAUAUUCGCCUCCGCCUCCGCCUCCACCUUACUUGUCACUAGUUGGAGGAUUGGUAGUCAUACUACAAAAAGGGAUGACGACAAGAUAG